ACCACGUGACUCUUCUUCCUGUGACUCAGAUUCCUCCAGUUAAGCAGAAGCUCACUAACUUCUGUCCAUUUUUGAAUUUAUUUGCUAUAAAAUAUGCUGCGAAGGAAGCCAUCCAAUGCAUCAGAAAAGGAGCAAAAAAGAAAACCAAAGCUCUCUCUACAAAGGUCAAGCAGCUUCAAGCGCUUUGAGCGCUCAAAGCCACCAUCGUCACCGUUGGUUACUGAACAAGAGCCCAUUAUAAAUGAAAAUGCAGACAUGGCUGGUAGUACAGCAGCCAGCUCAGAAGAAGUCACCAAAUCUGGAAGCAAAAUAGGAAAGAAAUGGCGAGCAGUUAUUUCGCGUACUAUGAAUAGGAAGUCCGGUAAAAUGAUGGCGAAAGCUUUAUCAGAAGAUAAGAGUGAAAGUGGAGAAGAAUGUCCCAUGUCUCCAAUGACACCUGAUGAUCUCAUGUACCUAAGACUAGGGGACAGGUCCUCGUACUCAGCCAGUGAAUCAGAAGAGAACAUCAACAGUCCACUCAGCAGACAGACUUCAAGCAGUAAGUACCAUAAUUCUGAAGUCAGCCGUAGAGACAGUGUCCAAUUAGAGACUCCACCCCCAUACCUUGGACCUUUCUGUGGCCGGUCAAGGGUCCAUACGGAUUUCAUCCCAAGUCCAUAUGAUGUUGAAUCUUUUAAAACUUAAGGUAAGACAUUAAAAGGAGAUAUCAUUGACAUUAUUGAGAAACCACCAGUAGGGACAUGGACUGGCAUGCUGAAAAACAAAGUAGGAUCCUUUAAAUUUAUUUACGUGGAUAUUCUUCCAAAUGAAGUAGAACAACCUAGGAGAUCAAGACUGUUCACCAAGAGCAAAAGGCCGAAGCCCAAGAACCUGCAAGAGUUAUUGGACAGAAUUAAUCUACAGCAAGAGCUUACUUCCACAUUGCUGUUGAAUGGUUACCAGACUCUCGAUGACUUUAAAGAGCUGAAAGAGACACAUCUGAAUGAACUGAAUAUCCUGGACCCUGAGCAGAGAGCUAAAUUACUCACAGCUGCUGAGCUACUCAUGGACUAUGACACUGGAAUUGAGACAGAAGAGCAAGAAGAGAAUACUGAUGCACAACUCUCAAGCUCAGGUCCACUGUGUGAUAUUCCACGGGACUCGGGCUGCUACGAAAGUUCGGAGAAUUUAGAGAGUACACCAGAAGAUUCAGAAUUAAGUAUCACUGAGGAGCAAAUCCCAGAGCCUCCCGCUGAAAUUUGAGCCACAUCAUUCAACCUCAUUCAAUGGACUAUUAAGGUUGACAUGCAGGGGCUUCAUCAACGCAAAACACAGUAGCUUGAAAUCUGCAACUCUUGUAUCAAGCCACAACAUAUUAUAUCAUAAUUGAGGAAUGCUGUUAAUAGGAAAGCAUUUUUUAUUUUGUUUAUUGUUUAUUCUAUGUUUUCCUGCAUGAUAUUCAGCUUUAGAAAUAUUUGGGAAUAUUUUGUUGGAAUUUGUGUGGUAGAAAUCUUAUGCAUGUUCCAUGAUCAAAAUGGGAUUCUGUUCUCUGGGGAUUAAAGGACUGACAGAAGUGAGUUCUCCUUGUAAAGGAAGCACUUCAUCUGCACAUGUUUGCCCAUUUAUUUUAAUCAUUGAUAUUUCUUUAGUUGAAGCUGAUUCAAUAGAACAUUGAAGAUGUAAAGAUAAUUUCAAAAUCCCCAUUAUCAACAGGGGCCAUGUUCAUUGAUCAGAAAUGUUUGAGCAAAUUGACAACAGUGUUUUGAUCCACAAAGUCAGUGGACAAAAGAGCACAACAGUCAUCUUGAAGUUUUCUAUAAACCCAUCCUCUAAAGAUGGCAAUCACAUAAUGCACCUGUGGUUCUUUUUAUGACAAAUGGGCUCCUGGUGGUAGGUGCAAUCAUAUAAAAAUGAUGAGCUAUGCAUUUUAUGUAUAGUUCAUGAAUGGAUCAUUCAUCAUUUUGAAAUUCAACUAGUUUUGAUUGAAGAUUUUGUAUGAUGCCAGCCUAACUUUGAAAUGUGAUUUUUUUAAUAGGUCUGUAGCUUAUCUUUAUAUUUUUCUACUUAAUUUUAGAACUGGAGUGUACUUUGGUUUCAA